AUGAUCAGCUAUCCCUUGCAAGCCCUCUGGUUAUUUCUGUUAGCAGGCCUCGGUGCAAAGCCCAACAAGACAGAAACUGAAAAGAGCACUGUUGCAGCUUCUUUCAUGCUGUUUUCUUUCUGCUACAAUAUGGGUAGCGCUUCCAUUCCAUAUCUUCUCGGCAGCGAAAUUCCGAAUACUGCUGUCCGAGAAAAGACACAAUCGCUAGGAGCAGCAUGGAAUGUCCUCUGGGCAUUCGUCACAAAUUACUCCAUCCCUUACCUCAUCGCAAACCUUCAUUUCGGAGUUGGCUGGGUUUUUGGUGGCAUUUCCGCGCUAACACUCAUGUUCACUUUCUUCUUUCUUCCCGAAACAAAGGGUCGUGCUCUUGAAGAGAUUGAUGCUCUAUUCGCGUCAGCUUUUAAUCCUUUCCGCCCCCAGAAUAUCCAGCCAAGUGACACAGAGCGUCGCAUUGGUGAAUUGGAUGGAGGAAAGGACUUUGAAGAAUCAGUCUUGACUCCUUAUGAGGAUAGACAUGACGGUAAGAAUGUGUCAGCCUAUGUCAAGCCCUGA